UUCAACUGACAGACUUUCUUCGAGGUCAUUCGUAGUUGAAGUGAACAAAACGAAACAAAACAGCCGCAGCCUACAGGAUAACCCGCUAGGAUCUUUCAGACAUCAGAUGGCCAAACCAACCAAGCUGGUGAUCUGUGGUGGAGGCAAUGGUGCUCAUGCCUGGGCUGGUAUAGCUUCAUCUCAACCAGACACUGAUGUAUGUGUUCUAUCCUUGUUCCAAGAUGAAGCAGAGAGAUGGUCUAAUUCUCUCAAGGAACACGACUUCACUGUCAGCUUGUACCGUAAUGAGAAGGUCUACAACCAACUUAAAACCAAACCCAAGUUGGUUACCAAACAACCAGAGAAAGCUGUCCCCGGAUGUGAUGUCAUUGCCCUUGUCUUGCCAGCAUUUGCACAUGAGCAGUACCUUGAGGCAAUCCGGCCUUAUAUCGAGCCAGGAACGAUAAUUGUGGGUUUGCCAGGACAAUCAGGCCUUGAAUUCCAGAUCUGUGGCAUUGUAGGAGACAUGGCUAGUAAAUGUACUCUCAUGAACGUCGAGUCGUUACCAUGGGCAACACGAAUCACAGAAUUCGGAAAGUCCUGUGAUGUACUGGGUACUAAAGAAUCCCUGUUAGGUGCUGUACGAGUUGGUUCAGUUCCACCUAAGAAAGAUCCCUACACAGUCAUACAGAACCUUUUGGGUGAAAAGCCAGUUUUGAAGAUCAAAGGAGACUUACUCGGUGUUACCUUGAUGUGUGAUGCGUACUUGCACCCCUGCAUUCUAAAUGACCGUUGGGCAAACUGGGAUGGCAAACCAUUAGACGAGCAGCCUUUAUUCUACCAGGGACUUAGCGAACAAGGAGCUCAGUGGAUGAGCACUAUGUCCGAUGAAGUGCUUGCUAUAACCAAAUCUAUUGGCGAGCAAAGUCCCAAGACGGAUAUGAACCAUGUUGGACACAUAUUUGAUUGGUACAAACGAUGUUAUGCUAACGAGAUCGAAGACAAGAGUACCUUGUAUAAGGCCAUCACGACCAACAAAGCGUACAAGGGCCUGACUCAUCCAAUGGUACAAGUAGACGGGGGAAAAUGGGUGCCCAACUUCAAACACCGAUACAUGGUCGAAGACAUGCCUUAUGGUCUCAUCGUAACACGUGGAAUCGCCGAGGUGGUUGGCGUCAAGACCCCAAACAUUGACAAGUUAAUUUUGUGGGCUCAGAAGAUAAUGAACAAGGAAUAUCUUGUCGAUGGGAAGAUCCAAGGAAAAGAUGUGAAGGAGACACGAGCACCUCAGAGAUAUGGAUUCACUACUCUGAAAGAGUUGUUGGGACAAUAAAGAUUUUCCUCCCACCCCACCCCUUCUCUUCCUUUUGCAGUCCCCCCUCCCCUCCCCUUUCCCACACCCAGGGUAAAACUACUCAGUCUGCUAAUGACUGUAUGCUUCAUAUCAGACAAAUCUAACUUAUUUGAUCAUGAAAGUGCUUGUUCUACCGUGGAACUAUAAACCCACACUAAACUUUAUGUGUGAUUUUAUAAAGUUAUAUGAUUAUCAAUAUGUUAUGAAAUAUGUUAUAUGUGUCUAUACAGUGAUGGAAUUUGUUCUGUGAUUGAGUGAUAUAAUGAUAAAAAAACUAUAACAGGAGCUAUAUGACAU